AUGAAGCGAAAGAGAAGUGACAUCAAGAUGAUGAUCAAAAGACCGGUUAAGCAAAGGACCGGUGUGGGCGCCAGAAAGCAGAACGCUGAGGAGCAUACACCAAGAGUGUGGGCUAGGCUGGUUUGUAUCUUGCCCGAGAACAAAGACCGGUCAGGUUUGAGGGCAAUUAUAUCCCUCAACACUUUGAAAGAGUGGGGGCGUAGGCGCAUAUGGCUUGAUCAUCGCAAGUUCCGCGACCGUGAUAGGGAUCCAGGUGAACGUUCAUUUAAGUCCGGGGAGCGGGUGGAAGGCCUUAAGCGGGGUGACCGAGAAACUGGUGGCAUAUCAUUUGAGAUAGGAAACAAGCUCAUACGCGCCAAGGGAAGCAAAGGGGGCUGUGCCAAGUGGCCAAAGCCAAUGCAUGUGUGCAUCGGUACGGAAUCGACAGUGGAACGAGUCGAUAGGUGGAGUUGUGCUGUCGUUCCAAGUGGCAGAGCACUAUGCUUAGUACGUCUUAAUCUGGCGGGGAGAAAAUGCCAGCGCAUAAUGAGUGGAGUUAGCGGUUCGGCUCUUUGGUGGUGGAAGAACGCUUCGACGGGAAACACCACUCAUGGAGAAGGUGAGGCUGUCGUAUCUCCCCCCGCCCUCCCCCAGGAGGAAGAGCCCGCGGAAUCUGCCAAAAUAAUUGAGUUUGGGCUUAUGUCUGACACGCUUCACUCGGGCAAUGGAGGCUGGCUGAGCGGGCCUGCAGCCAAGUGGUUCCUGAAUCAUGGCUCGCAGGCUGGCCUGUGUCUCUGGCCUGAGUUGAGCUGA